CCCUCUCCAGUCAGCAAACGUCUAUGAGCGGUUGUAAUGCAAAGAGGGAUACGAGUCCCAGCAACACAGUCGGCAGAAAACAACAAAUUGUCAAGAUACCACCGAUUACCACGGAAAACACAUACUGUGGCGGGAAUUUACCGCUGAGGUUUCGGAUGGAUGAUGAAGAGGAGGACAUGUCGCGGCCCAUCUCACAGCUCUGGGGAACGCCAUUUAGGGACAUCAAAUACGAAGAGAGAAGAGAGAUGGCAGCCGGACAGGCCCUUACUGCCGUCAGUGCUGCUGUGCAGACGUUGCAGGGCCACAACAACAACAGCAUCAACGCGCUGCCCUGCAGCUUACACCGGCUCCCACAUGGACCGUUUCAUGUUUACGCUGGCUCGCGCCCACUGUGGCCUGCUCAGUAUGAGCUCAUGGAAGACCGGGGAGAGAGACAGAUUGAAGAGGAGGAGGAAGAGGACAGAGAGGAAGAGAAUGACAGGAUGGCCGGGGGGGCCGAGGAGCAGCCGGGUGUGAGCGUCGAGGUGCAAAUUGGUCGUAAACUUCGGGAGAUCGGAGACAAGUUCAACCAGGAUCACAUUGAAGUGUUCAUGAGGCACCAGAGACAAAACCUGCCUGUGUGGAUACGCCUUACCAUGGCCCUUUUUGGCUUUCUGUUUCCAAGAGAGGCAUUCAUCCCCCGUCUGAGAGGAGAGCAGAGGUGAAGGGAUUUCCCGGUGCCCAACCCCCCCACACCUUGCCCUUGUUUUCUAAACGGAACCAAGUGAUCAGACUUAGAGAGAUGGCACUGUAAGAUGGAACACGGGUUCAAAUUUAGUUUUUUUUCUGACUGAAUAUGAAGAUGAGAUGAAGAAGACUCUGGUCACCGCUGGACGGAGACUGAAAAUCUUUUUUUUCUUUCUCUCUUUGGUUCUCUUUUUUUUUGCCUCACCGAGAAGAAGCCAUUGUGUUUGAAGAGAUAUUUUCUAAAUAUUUGUAAGAUUACCUAUUUUGUACAGUAAACUGCUCUUUUUAUUUGGUGUUUCGAGUCCUGCAGGACCUCCAUCAGUCCAGGGAAUGCCUUAUUCUCUCCUGCCGCAGUAAAUGCUGUUUUGCAUAAAGAAAAAAACAUAAGUGAGAGAUAAGUUUUAUUGCCAGGCCGCUUUUUAGGUGACAGACUGCGGAUAUGGACUUUUCUGUGCUAAAGUUAGCGACCUAAAACCUCGAAGACUCCUGGCACAUGUCUGAUUUAUCCUUCAAAAAACAAACAAACACAAUAAGCCCUGUCCCCAUCCCUCACUGUUCCACACUGGCUAAUUGAAGAAGCUGUAACACACUGGUGUUGCACUAUUGAUCUGUAUGGAUGCACAUUCUAGCAGCUACCGCUGUGACAUGGGGAUGUUUUAUCAACCUUUGUCUUUUACUGGCGUCAUUCAUCAGCCUCUCUGUCUCCAGCACCACUUAUGUUGUUAGAGCUGACCUAUGACCCACUGUGAAGAUUCAGGCACUGUUAAUAUGAAGCACGUAUACUUGAACAAGGUGUACUGAAGAUAUUUUAGUCAGAUGAUUUAAAGAUCCGAGGCAGCCGUCUCAGUUUGUGGUCACGCCAACGCUGGGGUGCGUGCUUACCGUCUCCAAAUCCGGCAUGGGUUGUGAAACCAAAUAAGCACAAACGCAGUGGAAGAAAUCUCACCCGUGGGAUAAUGAUCAGGGAACCGGAAACAAUCAACUGAAAAGCUUUGGAGAGAUGUCAUCCUUCUCCAGAGGCUUCCAGGGCGCAUUCCCGUGCCUGGAUUGACAAUCGUAAUUGAGCCCUAUGCUGCAUUGUGGGCCGCCCGCGAGAGAUGACAGUUACCAGCAACUUAAAAGGCCAGCAAUAUUCAAGCCAGUGGGGCAUGCAAAACUCACGGGGGUCAGCUCAGACUGACAUCCGCAGAUUUUCAAAGAAGCACGUCACAGAGAUGCAUUUUUAUUUUAUUUCACUGCAGCUGGAAAUGUCCGGAGCGCUGACCCAAACCUGAUGUGCCGCGUCCAGCCACCGCCGGCGCUUUGAGACGUCUUAGCCAGGGCCGGCACGCCAGGUUUGGCUCAGAUGUCUCAAACUGUCGCUGGGACCUUUAGCUUUACUUAGUAAAGAAAUCUUCUGUACAGUUUAAAGUUCACACUUGUUCACACAGACACAGAGAACGUUUCUACAACUUUGGGCAGCGUCUCACACCAACACAGCCACAGCUUCUCAGUGUGAAGUCUUGACGGACUUUAAAUACGAUGUUAAAGAUUCCUCGUUUGGUUUGUUAUUUCACUCGGCUGUAAAUUUUUUGACAUGAACUUUUGAAGACACUGAUGGGUUUAGCCUUUUUUUCCUCUCUAUGUUUUCUUCAGGGAGUAGUUAACAAGCUAAAUUGUGUGUCGGGACGUGUAUUCAUCAGGUUCAAAUCCACGUCCUCUGCCGUUUUCUGGGUUUUUAUUAAAACUGCUUGGCAACAGUAAACAAGCAAAGCAUUUUCACUCAACUUCAGCAGGGAAGUGUGUUACAAAUAUUCAGGUCUCUCUCUCUGUUUUUUGUUUUUUUAACACAAAAGUAGCUAAACCAAAAGUUUGUUUCCUGCAAACACUGAACGCUGAGCCAAUUCAGAUAGUCGUGACACACUUUCUCAUCUGCGGUUCAAAGCUCCUCAUUAGAAUUAACUACUCCCUGUCUUUAAUGAGAGCAGGUUUCAUUUUGUUGAAAUUUCUUCUAAUUUAUUCUUAUUUAUUUUGUGUAUAUUUGCCCAGUGCUACUGUAUAGAUGCUCUCUCAGUCUGUACAGUCCUUCUUUUUGACCCGUUGAGGUGCAUUCGGCUGCGUGUUUGAAUCCUGUGUGUGGUAAGGUUGGACUAAAGCCAUGUGCCUCGUGCUUUCUCACACAAACGCUGUGUGAGUCUAUACAAAUCACAUGAAAGACAGACAAUCAAAUGUACAUGAUGUGCCUUGUGAGUAACAGACCUGCCGCACCAUCACCAUCAACAAACACUCGGCAUAAUUACCCAAAGUCACUGGUCACAGCUCUUGUUUCACUCCGGCUCUGUGAGAACGACAAACAGACAAAACAAAAACAAAAAAACAAUCCGUUUGGUUUCUCACCUCAGCUCACGAGGCACAGGCUCAACCUUUGACAUCUCUCAGCACGAACGGCGAGUUUCACCAUGCAAAACCCUCUCAACAUCAGACAUGACUGUUUGAAGCGUGCACUGUAUAACAAACUAUUUUUAACUUUAUACUGUAUUUGCGCCUCUCUUUCUACUCCUGAGUGGAACUUUCCCCUCUAGAUUCUUGAAACUUUUUCAGAUCUAUUAGAUGCUGGAUCGGCCCGGCGAGUCUGGGCCUUUGUGCUUUAUUAUCUACAGUCUAGUAGGGCUGCAGGUUUGUCUUGGAGGAGGAAUGAGCCACCUUGGUGCCCAGUAUUAUUAGUAUUUGGGAUGGGUUGAACAGCCACUCAGUGGGAUUGGUGUUGAUCUGAGCCUGUCAUUACCAGCCACUGUCGCAACCUCAAUUCAAACAUUUAUUUUCAGCCUUCAGUGUCUUUGAGUUGAUUUUUCGAUUUGUUUUGACAAGAAAAAAGAAAAAAACAAGAAAGAGUGCAUCCUUACUGUCAAGUGCUGUGAUUUGGUGUUUUUUAUACAUUAGACAUGAAUUUGACACACCUGUUGCUAUCUUUAUUGGGGAAGAAAAGUCUAAAUGUUUUUACAUAAUGUUUUUUUUAUAAGACAGAAAUGCAACAACAUGAAUUCUGGUUUUCUAUUGCUUUUUUCAGUGUUAUGGCAUUCUUGAUUUUGGAUAUUGACAAGUCUGCAGUGUCACUCAGUUAAAGGGCUUUUUUCAAUAUAUGUAAAUGGAGUAAAAAUGCAUGUCCAACAUUCCUUGAAAAAAACUCUGUAUCCUAAAGGUUUGAAUGUAACUUAAAUGGAGUGAAUAACCACAAUAUCUCUUUUUAAUACGUGAAAUGAACUUAUUCGAGAUUUCUGUGCUCGGCGCACACAGACUUUGUAUCGUCUUCACCUUGCUUUCUUUACAUUCAGAGUGGUCUCAAGGAUUUCACAUUCAUGUGUCCUAUGAAGUGAGACCCAGCCCAGAUGUAGCAGUUUUUUGAAAAAGCAUUGGCUGUGUUAUCUUUGGGACUGCUCUGUUUCUCCUGCACAGAUUUCAAACGCAGGACACUGGAGCGAUGGAGGGAUUGGAGGAGGACAGGGGAUGUUUGUUCUUUUUCUAGUGCAAUACGCUGUACAUAAGAGCUUGGCUCAAAAAAUCUUACAAUUUCUCUGAAUUUCUUUUAUUGUUAAAUGGGUACAUUGCUGUUUUGUUCUUUUUUUUUCAAUAAAACUUUAUGGACAAUUGACAUA